AUGGCAACUGAUCAUAUUUCAGUACAUGUAGUGCCGAGGGUAUAUGCGGUGUACCUUCUCCAGCUGGUACCCAAACCACAGAGCUUCUAUGUAGGAUCGAGCCCGGAUCCAGUUCGUCGGUUACGACAACAUAAUGGCGAAUUAAAAGCUGGUGGUGCAUAUCGAACUAAGCGAGAUGGAUCAAGACCAUGGAAAAUUGUUUGUUUAAUUUACGGGUUCCCUUCCAAAGUGGCAGCUUUACAGUUUGAACAUGCGUUGCAACACCCAUAUCAAACAAGACAUAUCGAACCAUCGAAAAGAGUGUCAAAGCUGAAGAAACUGCACAACUCUGUGCAUCACAAACUUGCAAAUAUUAGAUUACUUGUAGACAGUUCAAUACUUUUCAAAACAUUAAAUUUAAAAAUUAUCUUGUGUGACCCACUUGUGGAAAAAAUUUGGUUCCAGAACAAAUUUAAAAUCCCAACUGUGCAUGAAACACAAAGUUCUAAUAUGGACAGUUUUCAAGAGCUGCAGAUAUUUUUUGAAUCCUGCGAAAGAAAGAUCUUUGGAAAGGCUAAAGAAUAUCUACUAACCGGUCCCAAAGAAUGUCAAUACUGUUUUAAACGUAUUGACUAUUAUUCAGAAGUACCCGAGGUACCGUUCAACUCGCAAAACGAGUUGGAACAAUUUUUGCAACUAGGGAAAUUGCCCCUUGUAGCUACCUGUAGUAAUCUUGAAUGUCCAAUGAUGUGUCAUCUAACCUGUAUGGCAAAGGCUCAGCCAGUGAGUGACCUACAACUUUUGCCAGCAUUGGAAAAUAAUCCUGUGGUAUGUGAAUUAUGCAAGGAGGUUAUGCAUUGGCCGGAUUUGGCGAGGAUAGGUACGUUGCUACGCGAAUACUUUAUCAAGGAUGCUAUCAAGAAACCACAACGAAAGUAG